CCUGAGUGUACCACAUCAACCAGGGCAUCCAAAACAAUCAUCAAAACCUAGCUGGUGCAAUCGCCGCCGAGGCGCCAAUCGUGAAAAUGGUGUACGACUGGGAGAACAAGGAGGACAUCUGCUAUCGCAUGUACAUCGAGGAGAAGAAGUCGCUCGAGGAGAUUAUGGACUUCAUGAAGGAACACCACAAGUUCGCUCCCAGCAAACGUGCGUUCCAGACCCAGUUCAAGCGAUGGGACUUCCCUUCCAAACAGAAUCCUGCGCACAAGAAUGCCGCCCUCGUGCAGCGGGUCAAGGAGCUAUGGGACUGCAACACCUCCCAGCGGGAGAUGCUUCGUACUCUCAAUGAAGAAGGAUUCGACAUCAAGGAGCGCGAGCUCAUGCGCGUUCGAGCAAAGAAUCGAUGGCUUCUACGAGUUCCGAAUGGCAUGAAGAGCAAGAAGCGCGACUCCGAUCAAGAUGUCAUCAACCAACUCCAACAAGCUCUCUACCCCGAUGGACAAAUGGCAGAUGCAGAGGCGGAGGAUGAACCCAUGGAGGAUAUGUCGAUGCCAGCUACCUCGUCGCGCCAAACCAGAGCUGAGUCCCCUCCCCUCAGUCCUGAAGUCAUGAAGAAGAGACAAGAGCGCCUGGCCAAACUCGAAGCCGAAUCUGCUGAACGCUGGGCAACGCGCAAGCGCCGCCGUCGAACUCGUGGCUGGGCAGGCCUGCCAGCUGAUCCUCCAGGACCGCCUCGAUUCCCUUCGGAGACGACGAUCGAUGAGAGCAAGGCGUACUUGAGCCUCGAUAACCGCCUGUACCGAGACAUUCGCGGACGCUUUCAACGAAUCUGCGAGGAGGCCGACAUCAUCAAGAAGACAAUCGCGGGCCCUGAGCGAUGGGAGGCAGCGAAGGAUAGGUUGGUACAAGAGAGUCCGCAUCUUCAAUCGGUAUUCUGGGCGAAUGAGGAUAAUCAAGAAGCAAAGAAGUUGGCACUUGACGUUGUCUGCAGCGAUGUUACGAAACGGAUGCGUACCUUGGAACGACGAAUGACAAUUGCUGAAGCUAAGAACGCUCUCGGAGUCAAUCCAGAAGAGUCUCGACAACUUCGCAACGCUUUCUACCAAGUCCUGAAGGGUGACCAUUUCACAAGCAAGUUGGAGGCUGGCGAGGAACACUGGAAGGAGCUCAAGGCGCAAUGGAUCAACAGCUCCGACCUCCUGCAAAGCAUUCUCGCACCUGGAGAUGCCGAUCCUCAACAUGCAGAAAAGGUCAAGGCUAUGGAGGUUCUUUGCAGAGAUGUGAUGAAGCGAUUGAGGGACGACCAGACAAAGCGUGAUCCAACGAGAAAGAAGAAAUUUGACUCCAACUUCACGGCUCCAGAUCCAACUAUUAAUCCCUUCGAAGCUCCCACUGCCUUCCAACCAGCCCCCCAACCAGAUGAGGCCCUAAUCCGCGCGGCAGCUCUGGCUCAAGCCCAAAACCAACUGCAGUCCCAAGUUCAGCAAACUCGUGGCCAACAACCUCGAACUCAAAAUCGCUCUCAAGCCCAGGCUAGACAAGCUCAGGUUCAGGUUCAGCAACAGGUCCAAUCUCAGAACCAAGUCAUGCUCGAUCAUAACAACAUGCAGAUUGAUCCUUCGCUCCUGCUUGCCGCUGCUAAUGAUCCAUCUCUCAUGACACGGGGAAUGCAGAAUUCAUACCCAGAGCAGCAUUACGCAGACCAACAAUAUGCCGCCCAAGCCGCCCAAGCUGCAUUCCCUCCCUCUCCGUCGUCCAUGGCUGUUUACUUCCGUCUUCAUCCAGCAUCCGAGGUCCAAUCCCAAGCGAGACUUUGGGUCAGCACCUUGAGCUCAGUCUCCCUCAACGAAGUUCGCCAGCUUGCAUGUGUCAAAUUCCCUGGAACCAUUGCUCUCCGUGUUGAAGGUGUCAUCAAGCCGCCAAAUGGUGCUGAAAUGUUUCUCCCCAUUGAUCAGGAUGAGGAGCUAGAAGCCUACUUGAGUGCAAUUAAUGGUGUGAAGCCGACGUUUUCGGUGCAAUUGGUAUCCGCAUGGAAGCCUAAUUGAGGGUGAUAUGUUUGUUGAAGAAUUAGUUGAUUACUGGAGUCAGGUGGGAAAUGAUUGUUCGAGUCAAUUUAUUGUGCAUUGAAGGUGUUGCUGGAGUAAAUUGGUGGAUCCGUUAACUUGCUAUUCAUAACGUGGCAAAAAGCUCCAUUGCUAUGGCUCUGUGCCCAUUGCUAACAAUUCUUCAUGAAAAUAAUGAAAUGAUUGCUCCUGAACCAAAGCGAC